AUGGGAUCUCUACGAACAUUCAUCAAGGAUGUUCGAGCGGCCAAAACCUUGGCAGAAGAACGAGCUAUUGUAACGAAAGAAUCAGCAAGAAUUCGAACCAAACUUAAAGAUGACCACUUGGCAUCAGACAAGAAAAGGAAAAACAUUCAUAAACUACUGUAUUUACACAUUUUGGGUGAGAAAACUCACUUCGCCCAGGUGGAAUGCAUCAAUCUCAUCGCUUCAGAUGAUUUUCGUAACAAAAGGCUGGGCUAUUUGGCAGCAAUGAUAUUGCUGGACGAACAUCAAGAGAUUCUGACACUGCUCACGAACAUGUUGAACAACGAUCUCCAUAACGCUAACAGAUAUGUGGUAUCAAUGGCUCUUUCGACCCUGGGAUCACUCACAUCGCCAGAACUCGCUCGUGAUCUGUAUCCGGACGUUGAAAACAUCCUGGCCCGUUCCUCAGACGAUUUUUUGGUGAAAAAAGCGCUUCAAUGCGCUGCCAAACUUGUGGGAAGAGAUGCCGCUUUGUUGGAGAUUUUCUACCCCUAUGUCGGAACCAUUUUGAGGUCAUCUCAAUUGGGCACUCAUGGGGGCCUGUUGGGUGUUGCUAAACUAUGUCAGGCUGCUGUUCUGUGCCGAUCUGAAUACGAAUACGAGAAUUAUCCCGAGAUUUUACAUUCCAUAGUUGAUCAAAUUCCGGAAAUUUUCUCAAUCCUGCAAGACAUAAACUCCACUAGUUUCAGUCCCGAGUAUGACGUUGGUGGAACAUGCGACCCUUUUCUGCAAGUUGAGCUCUUGUACACAUUACGCCUAUUAUUCGAAAAAGCACCUCAAGAAACAUUGCAAUACAAAAACAAGUUGAGCGACAUUCUUACUCAAAUCGCCACAAACUCAGAUAGCUCUAAAAACUCAGCACAAUCCGUGCUUUACGAAUGUGUCCGCACAAUUUUUGCACUUCAGCUUGAUCAGUCGUUGAUAGUUCUUGGUGUGAAUGUACUUGCCAAAUUUUUGUCAGGUAAAGAUAACAACACCAAGUACGUUGCCCUGAACACACUGCUACAAGUUGUCCCUCAAGAACCAAACGCCGUCCAGAAGCAUCGGAAGUUUAUUUCGAGGUGUUUGUUUGAUCCAGACAUCUCGAUCCGGAUAAGAGCAGUGGAUCUCAGUUUUGCGAUAUUCAAUGAGACUAAUAUGAAAGAGCUAGUAAACGAACUUAUAUCUUUCCUAAAACUUUCCGGAGAGCAGGAUAGAGAUCUGAUUAUCAACAUCGUUGAUCAGCUCAUCAAUAAAUUCGACCUAUACGCGCUUGAUAAUGAUCUUUGGGCUAUUGAAAAAAUGGUUGAAAUUAUUAAGAUCGUCGGUCAAUACGUUUCCUUCGAGAAAGUCAGUGAUGUCAUGGUAAUGAUCAACAACUCUCAGGAUUUGGAACAAAAAAUGAAACUUAUUCAGGAGAUAAUAGAGCUUUCCUUGGGCAAACGGCAAGAAUCUCUUGAUGGCGAGAACUUGGGCUGGAGACUCUUAAGCGUUUGGUGCAUGGGUGAAUAUGGUGAUGUGUUGCUGCAGAAAGGCAUGUUCCUUGAUUCAGAAUUGACCACUUUUUUGUCUUUGCUCAAUGGAAUAUACUCCUCAAAUACAAAGCUUAUCAGUUACAUUUUGACCGCUGCUUUGAAACUGUCGUCGAAAAUUCAAAAUCCAUCUUGCGUUGAGGACUUACGCAAGUUGAUAGAUGGACACACUAAGGACACGAAUAUAUUACUUCAGUCCAAAAGUGUUCAGUACUCCGUAAUUUUGAGUCAACCGGUCGGUCAAAGACAGGAUAUAUUGGGAGCGAUGCCACUUUUCGAAAAGAGUUUUAGAAACGGUAAUAGCAAUCACAGCGAGAAGCCAAAGAUCAAAGUAGAGAAUCAAAAUGUACUACUGGAUCUUUUGGAAGGUACAUCUGACGCUACAGUCAAAAAUGGUUCACAAGCUUUGCUUGAUAUUUUUGGAAGUUCGUCUCAGGAGGGUGCUAUCCCCACUACAAAUACAAAUUCAAGUUCUUCCAUUUCAUUAAGUCUUCCUCAGGAUGCCGCUGAAACGUAUCAGUCUAACGAAAUGCAAGUUUUUUUCAGAACCGUUAGUGUGGCCCCUGCAGAAGCGCAAUUGGAACUUUACAUCCAAGGGCACGCUCAAAUUGACAAUUUGCAGAUCUUGGCUGCCGUCUCCAAGACGCAGAAGCUCACAAUGGGGCAUUUGUCUAGCGCCUCGAUUGCGGCAGGCCAAGUUUGUCGGCAAGACAUGAAAGUGAGUGGAUCAGGGAAGCUCAAAUUGAGGGUAAAGCUAGUUUACGAUGGAGCUUCUGGUACAGUCACGGAACAAUUUGACCACAAAUUUGAUCAGAGUUUGUAA